GUGACUAUUUGUGAAUGCAUUCAUUUCUUAGACAGUAUUUGCAUGUACAGAAACUCCGGUCCAAUAUUACGAUAACGAUAUACAGUUGCCUAAGACUGAAAUACUGCCAUUUAAGGGAACGUAUCGUGCAGCCUGCUGGUUCUGCUCGAUGGCCUAAAUAGACAAGGAGUGCGAUCUUCGCGGAAAGGCGUUGCUGAAUAGUGCCCUAGAUUAUUAAUACCGAAGAUUGCUAGAUUGCUGCUUAUUAAAAUUUACAGAAAAGAACGAGAAUUGCCCAAAUUGAAUGAUUUUGAUUUUCAAUAUAACACAACGUGUAGGGAAGUGGAGAAGUGAUAUUAAAUGCAUUUGAAAAAAGUGAAGGUCGAAUUGUCAAAUAUCCGCUGUCAAAUCAAUUCAUAAAUAUUCAGCACCAUAAUAAAGAAAUAUGCAUUUAUAAGUGGGAGAAUAUAAUCUUAGCCAGAAAAGUUAUAUGAAGAAAAAUGAAAAGUUAAACGGAAAAAGGGAAAGCGUAGAAUUUUAUUUUUGGAAAUGGUUAGUGUAUACAGUGUGUGUUGCUCUGUGUCUGUCGCAUGUGUGGUGUAUCCAACUCUUGUUCACGACGGCGUGUAUUAAAAAUACCGCAGAGCUCAAAAGUAUGGUAUGUGAAUGCCAUACGACCGAAAGAGUGUAAAGCACGAGAAAGUUUCAUUACAUACACUCCUCGUACAGCUGCAUCAUUUGAAAAGGCGUUCAAAACCAGACAUAGGAUAAGUGACAAUCUGUAAAAUAGCCACCAAAAUUUAUGUAACAUAAUAGUGACGAAAAACGGUCAUUGUAAUCACAAUAAAAAUAUUGGGAUAUACAUUUGUUAUGUCAAUCAUCGAAUUUUGUAUUUGUGAAAACAAAUAUUGACAUUGAAGCCUUGCAAUUGAAGUAGUACUUGAGCCGGCUUCAAUUAUAUUGAAUAGUCGAACGAAAAAAGUAAAAGCAAUUCUUCCAUACUUGCAUCUAAGAGAAGAUAAUAAUCAAAAAUCACUUCAAAAAUGGUGAUAGGAGAUGCAACUAAUAACGAGGAGACUAUGUCUCCUUCUCAGCAAUUUACACCACAGAAAGCCACCAUCGAAAACAUAAUGAGCGGAAUUGAAAAUACUGGUACAGUUAAAAUGAAUAAUCACAGGAAAAAACUGCGACAACGAUUUGAUAUUAUCAAAAAACUUGGUCAAGGAACUUACGGAAAAGUGCAAUUAGGUAUCAACAAGGAAAGCGGUCAAGAGGUAGCAAUUAAAACAAUUAAAAAAAGUAAAAUUGAAACGGAGGCUGAUCUAAUUAGAAUUCGAAGAGAAGUGCAAAUUAUGAGUUCCGUACAGCACCCAAAUAUAAUACACAUCUAUGAAGUGUUUGAAAAUCGUGAAAAAAUGGUUCUAGUCAUGGAAUUUGCGGCAGGUGGUGAAUUGUAUGAUUAUCUCUCAGAGCGUAAAGUACUGUCUGAAGAGGAGGCCCGCCGAAUCUUUCGACAAGUUGCUACAGCCAUCUAUUACUGUCAUAAACAUAAAAUUUGUCAUCGUGACCUUAAGUUAGAGAAUAUACUAUUAGAUGAAAAUGGUAAUGCUAAGAUUGCCGAUUUCGGACUGUCAAACGUAUUUGAUGAACAAAGACUGCUAGCGACAUUUUGCGGAUCUCCGCUUUAUGCAUCGCCUGAAAUAGUAAAAGGUACACCAUACCUAGGCCCAGAAGUGGACUGUUGGUCAUUGGGCGUUUUAUUGUAUACUCUAGUCUAUGGUGCAAUGCCAUUUGAUGGUGCCAAUUUUAAACGACUUGUAAAACAAAUUAGUCAAGGUGAUUAUUUUGAGCCUAAGAAACCGUCAAGAGCUUCUCCAUUAAUUAGAGAAAUGCUCACGGUAUGCCCACAACGAAGAGCCAAUAUAGAGCAAAUCUGUAACCAUUGGUGGGUAAAUGAAGGAUACGAAGAAUGCUGUCUAGAUCUUGCCGAAGAAUUAGCCAAUCAGACACCAGUAAGAUUGGACGUAUUACUAUCUCUUGCACCACCUUCCGUGACUGCAGAUCAAGUGGUUGUAGGAAGCGCCAAAGAAGAAGGCAAGACGAAUGAACGAAUACAGCGAAGUCAUUCAGUCGGUUCUAUCGUUGAUAUUGCCGGAACAGAAGCAGAACGACGCAUUUUAGACAUGGUAGCAGCUGGUGGUGAAGCGGCCCUAAUGCCCAGUCCAACAAGGACUAUAACACCUUCUGAAAUUAGCCCAGCUCAGCCAAAGCGCAAGCUAGAACCAACCGUAUCUACUGAAAAUGCGUCCGGGCUUAUAAAGAAAAAAGAAAAGGCAGCUGACAGAUUAAAAUUGGGACAUUCUCAACCUGUGAUCCCGGAGUCGAUGGAUGUCGAAAGUUUACCUCUGCCGCAUCCUAGCUCAGCUUCGGAAGUAGUAUCUACUACUACUACUAAUAUUGAUUCUGUUGAAGCAGUACAAUCAAUACCAAAUUCUCCAGUUGCUGCGAAGGACGUUCUAGAAGAUUUACAAAAUUUGGAAAACAUGUGUGAUGAACUACUCCAGGAAGCAACAACUCAUACGAUGAAAGAUUCAACAUCAGAAGAACCAGUGAUCUCUACUGGUAUACGUGUCAAUCCGGCUAGCUCUACACCAAAGGUCGAGUCGCCAGCUAAAACAGUAUCCAACGUGAAAGCUAGAUUAGAAAAACUUGAAAAGGCUGAUAAACCUACUGAAAAGGUUCCUUAUAAAAAAAUAUAUAAUAAAAACAAAACUGCUGAUCUUACGGCUGUUGUAAAUCAAGUAUCCAAACAAGAUCAAGAAUUUUCCCAGAUAAAAUCAGCUUCUAAUUUAGAACGUAAAAAUAGUCUUCCUGAAGAUAGUCUAACUAAGCCCGCAGAGCGGCGGAAGUCUCGGAUCCUUGAAACUGCGGAACGGUUUCAAAAUAUGAAUAAUCAAAAUAAUGACAAAUUUAAGAAAUUUUCCCUUCCCGGAGUCCCUACAGUAGGAAAUUACAAAAAGGAGUUUGAGCGCAAAGCUUCAAUGCAGAGUUCUGCUUCAUCUGCCCCAAUUAGGCCGUCGCCUUUUGAAAUGCAAAGAAAACUGGAGAGUGAUUUGACAUCUCCAAAUCAUAGUCGCCAGAGUAGUAGUACUGACCUACAAUCUUCAUUUUCGACAAAUGAUGAUACAUUUGUUACAAAAGCAGACCAGGAUGAGGUUAAAGAGAGCGAUUCAAAGAGCUCAGUCAACAGUUUCUCACUCGAAGAAGCAAGGCGCUCAAUGGAAAACUCUAUCGCUCUAUUAAAUAAAGUUCGCACAGAUGCCAGCUCUGUCAAUGAACUUUGUUCUAAAACAGAAAACGUUUUUGUUUCGGAAGACACUGAACGGGAAAGAAAAUUGAAGAAUGCUCGAGAAAUUAUUGGAAACGCAAUCCCAAUCGGUCGAUUACGGAAACCACCAAUGCCAUUUGGCGCUAACGGUCGCUCUGCCACAGGUGGAAUUGUUCUAAGUAAUUCUGCAUCCAAUAAACAGUUUCGAUAUGGCUCCGAGAAUUCAGAGCCAAAGCUGGAUAGCAUGUCAAUACCUAGAAAAGUGUCUGCCGGAAGUAUUCCUACUCCUACCGUCGAUGAAACCAAAACGUCACACGCUGAAAUUACAUUGAAAUCUGCCACACUACCUAGAAGGAAAAUUGGUAAACCUGAUACACAUUCAGAUAUUCAGCUGGGCUCGCUACCUCUCGCACCGCAGCUUCCGUCUAUGCGUUUCUCAACUGAAAUGCAACACCAGGUGGCAGAUCUUCGCAGUGCACCUAUUCGCGAACAACCGAUUGCGUUUACCACUCAACAACGUUCGAACAGUCUCGAACCACAGGUCAAAGAGCAAACAAUACCAGUUCAAAAGCCACCUACGUAUCAACGAACGUCGGGCACGUUUGGAUCAACACGAGGAUCCCUUUCGCGGCAAUCUACCAACGAUUCAAACGAUUCAGAUACCACAUUAUCGCAAAGCCAAACACUAACAACUGGAGCGAGCAGUGGGGGUAUAAUGCCUAUCAAGAAAAGCCCCCGUGAGUUUAUAAUUCCUAUUGCUGUUGAAGGAGGCGGUUUUGUUACACCACGAGCCAACAGUCUGGAACCAUCGGAAUCAACAUCAGCCAGCACAUCUACUGGUUUCAGUACAAAAUCUCGUCUUGGUCGUACACGUAAGAUAAGUUCUAUAUUAGGCGACAAAGAUGUGGAGGAUGAUUCGUCAUUCCCGAGAAUAAACAGACAUGCGUCACUGAACAGAGAGAGUGAUUCAGAUGAACCACGAUUCCAUACAAUGCACAGGUUAAGAAGUUCACGUCCUUCACAGCGAAGUACUGUCGAACUAAAUGAUUCGGCGAGUUCUGGAGAGGAAGAUGAUGACGAUGGUUUUGAAAUUUUAACAGCUGAAAAUUUGUUUUCGACGCUGUUGUCGAGGGUACGUGCAUUGACUAACAGACUCAACGUAAACGAACCACAUUCAACUGGAUUCCCAUCAUCGCGUUUCAUCAGCAAUCUUCGUCAAUCUCAAGCUCCAUUUUGGCAUCAUCAUGAUCCUUUUUCUAGUCGCUUAAAUGGAGGAAAUGCAACAUCAUGGCGACGCAGUGUGUCCCGUGAUCUCAGCUCGGAUAUUGAUUCCAUGUUUUCGCGGUCAGGAGCAACUCUUCCUAGAGAAGGGAAACCUCGACUGAAGAUUUACCUUUAAUAAUGCCCCUUCUCCAACUUAACUUAACUGAAGAUGGCGUCUCUACACACACCUAUUAACAUGGAUUUUGAAAAUACUAGAACACAUCGCUAACUUAUAGAGCUGAAAAUUUUGUUAUGGAAUGCUACACAUUAGGCGUAAAUACGAUGGUUUGCUAUUCAGAAUACAUACAUAUUACCGACUCUACAGAAAAAUCCAGUACAACAGCAUUACGACAAUAACACUUUAAAAAUAUACUCUGUUUCAUUUAUAACGUUAGUAUUUUUGAAUACGUAGUUUCAUGAAUAUUUAUUGUACUGUAGACUUACCAAUUCACGCACGAAUAAUAUAUUAGAAAUAAAUGCUUUUUAUAAGUUGUGUUGCUAUUGUUCAUUUUUGUUUACGAAUGAAUGAAUGUUUCAUUUAUGUAUGUACCUAGUGUAACAUUAAAU